AAAUUAUUCCGAAACCAUUAAAGUUACAACUUCUAUUACUUAAAAAGGAUACUUAAAAUGUUGAGCUCAAUUUUGUACUUAUUGCCUACUCAAAGAUCAUUAAAUGAGAGGAGAAAAAACGAAGGAUACCAAACAAGGAACGUGGGCCAAUUCAGUUCUCAAAUAAUUCCAUAAAUAACCCAAUUUGUCUUCUAUGCCUCUUUCCUUAUUUCUACUCAAUUUUCUCGCCACCAGUCACGUCUUCCUUUUCCAACAAACAACACACACCACCACUUGCUUCUCUUUUACCACUUUAGAGCCACAAACGCAUCAACUCUUUGAAGAGGAGAGAGAAUCAAAAUUCAAAGGUAAUCAUCAAUGGAGGAGAGAGAAAGCUCCAUUGGAGUUGGAGGAGGACCGUUAGUUCCUGCAGUGAAGCCAUUAUCUGUAGUUCCGCUACUUCCUGCGCCGGAUUCCGCCCACGCUGGCGAACAAUUGGAGGCUUCGCCGACUGAAACCGAUAAGGAUUUGAUGUGUCCGAUUUGUAUGCAGAUGAUUAAAGAUGCUUUUCUUACGGCUUGUGGACAUAGUUUUUGUUACAUGUGUAUCAUCACUCAUCUUCGUAAUAAGAGUGAUUGUCCUUGUUGUGGCCGUCAUCUUACUAAUAAUCAGCUUUACCCUAAUUUUCUUCUCGAUAAGCUAUUAAAGAAGGCCUCAGUUCGUCAAGUUUCGAAAAAUGCGUCUCCUGUUGAACAAUUGCGCCGCGCAUUAUUGCAGGGUUGUGAAGUUUCGUUGAAAGAGGUGGACACCCUUAUAUCACUUCUUUCUGAGAAAAAGAGAAAGAUGGAGCAAGAAGAAGCAGAGAGAAACAUGCAGAUUUUGCUAGAUUUUCUGUAUUGCUUGAGGAAGCAGAAAGUUGAUGAGCUCAGUGAGAUUCAAACUGACCUUCAGUACAUCAAAGAGGACAUAUCCGCUGUGGAGAGACAUAGAAUGGAUUUAUAUCGUGCAAGGGACCGGUACUCAGUAAAAUUGCGAAUGCUCAGUGAUGAUCCUACACCAAAGAUACGGCCUUCAACAGCUGAUAGGAAUAAUGGUGGAAUUUCCUCUGGUUCACGUUGCUCACUAGGAGGGUUGACUGCGGGAAGUUUUCAGAAUAAGAAAAUGGAUGUAAAGGCUCAAGGCUCCCAUGGGCAACCGAGAAAAGAUGCUUUGAGUAGUGGUUUGGAUUCACAGUACAUUAGCCAAUCAGGUUUGGCUGUGAUGAGAAAGAAGAGAAUCCAUGUGCAGUUUGGUGACCUGCAAGAGUGUUACCUGCAAAAGCGUCGCCAGUUGGCUGGCCAGCCAAUCAAGCAGGAGGAUAGGGAUAAUUAUAUGCAGAGAGAAGGGUAUAGCACAGGUCUUGCCGAGUUCCAAUCUGUAUUGUCUACCUUUACUCGUUACAGCCGCUUGAGAGUUAUUGCUGAACUCAGACAUGGGGACCCUUUUCAUUCUGCCAAUAUUGUAUCAAGCAUAGAAUUUGACCGUGAUGAUGAGUUAUUUGCCACAGCAGGAGUUUCUCGAAGAAUUAAAGUCUUUGACUUUUCCUCGGUUGUUAAUGAGCCUGCAGAUGCACACUGUCCCGUUGUUGAGAUGUCAACUUUGUCCAAACUCAGUUGUUUGAGCUGGAACAAGUUUUCCAAGAACCAAAUAGCUAGUAGUGAUUAUGAAGGAAUAGUUACUGUAUGGGAUGUUACGACACGCCAGAGUGUCAUGGAGUACGAAGAGCAUGAAAAGAGGGCUUGGAGUGUUGAUUUUUCGUGUACAGAACCUUCAAUGCUUGUAUCUGGUAGUGAUGACUGCAAGGUUAAAGUGUGGUGUACGAAGCAGGAAGCUAGUGUGCUUAAUAUUGACAUGAAGGCAAAUAUUUGUUGUGUCAAGUACAAUCCAGGAUCUAGCUAUCAUAUUGCAGUUGGUUCUGCUGACCAUCAGAUUCAUUAUUAUGAUUUGAGGAAUGUAAACCAGCCAGUUCAUGUAUUUGGUGGGCAUAAGAAAGCUGUUUCAUAUGUCAAAUUCUUAUCGACUACUGAGCUUGCUUCGGCAUCAACAGACAGCACAUUGAGGCUGUGGGAUGUGAAGGAGAGCUUACCGCUUCGUACAUUUAGAGGUCAUACGAACGAGAAGAACUUUGUAGGUCUUAGUGUAAACAGUCAAUACAUUGCCUGUGGAAGUGAAACUAAUGAUGUAUAUGUGUAUCACAAGGAAAUUUCUAGACCUGUAACUUGUCAUAAAUUUGGGUCACCGGAUGUCGAGGAUGCUGAUGAAGAUGCUGGAGCCUAUUUCAUCAGUGCUGUAUGCUGGAAGAGUGAUAGUCCUACACUGUUAACUGCCAACAGUCAAGGAACAAUUAAGGUGCUAGUGCUUGCUGCUUAACUAUACCUAAUUUUUUUCACAGGAAUGGGAAAAGAAGCUCAAUGCCUCGAUUAUUCAAUGAAUGUAAUUUUUCCAUCUCUCAUUACUGCUUCCUUGUUGGCUAUUUGUGAUUAUUCUCUCGUAUAUAUUGUAUCAUUCAUUUUGUGAUGGCCUCUGUAUGAGUUUCUGUAAAAUGCUGAGAGUGAGUGCAGAUUUUGUGGCUCGGUAAUGUAAUUGUCCGGUCACUUGAGGGAUGACUUUGCUUUUAGUUUUGAUUGCAUGUAUACUUGUUGACAUGUGUUGAAAGGAGAAGUACAUUAGUUCGAGCGCAUCUGAAGAGAAAUCGAUUUUGCACUGGACAUUUAUAUCCAAUUUACUAAUAUUAUCUGACAUGGGGAGUUAUUCUUUUCUUUGUACAGAUAAUUAAGCUUUUUAUU